CUCUCGGCAAGCACAAGGCGGGCAGAUGGCAAGUCGGGGAAGCCAAUGGGAGUCAGUUCAAAGCCACUCUGCGGUGAAUGAGCUGUAUGACCAAGUCAAGGAUCCCUCUGGAGCACUCUACUUCCCCAUCGAACUCCGUCAUUACUUUGCCCCCUUUCUCGAGGACCAGCCAUGGCACAUGAUCAACCCCGACGACAGAGCACAUGCCGCAAACGCACGCAUGUACACAGACCUUCUGUUCAAGAAAAUCGCGGAGAAGAUCAACUCGCUCGCACUCUCGCCGAACCAAGACGCGUACAUUCUCAAAAUCCGGCUGGAGGAGAUUGCGGUGGCGCUCGAGGCAAAGUACGCGUCGGAUCCGCUCGAGCUUGUGCGGGUCAUCCUGUACGUGCUCGGCCACGAGCGCGAGAUCCUGGAGACCGGCGGAACCAAGACCAAGUUUGCCAUGCACUCAUCGUCGUUCUCGUCAACCUCGUAUGGCAUGGACGUGUCCAAGCUCAACGACGCCUCGCUCAACGCUGAGAUCCAAAAGCUGCAGGAGCACACGGCCGAGACCGAGGCUGCGCUUGCGCAACUGCUACAGGACCAAGAGUACCUGGUCAUCUGGCACCAGGACUGGGACGAGCUCAACGCUCGGGCCCAGGCCGCGUCGGGCGCGCAGGCCAAGGCACUUGCCGCUGAGUGCCACACCUUGCGUGGGAACAUCAUGCAGGCACAAGAGGGCAUUCUGCGGACGCGGCGCGAGAUUCUCGAGGCGCAUGUCGGCGCCAUCACCCACUCGGAGCAGGUCCUCUCUAUCCUGCUGGCCAAGCUCAAGCAGUGGAAGGCAGUCCAGCGAAAGCAGACCAUGGACGAGUCCUUCCUCAACGACGUGCUCAACCACAUGCAGCUCCAGUUCGAGUCGCUUGCAGACGUAUACUGGAACAUCCGCCACCAGCUCCGCCAGCACGAGGUCCAGCGCGAGCAGCUCGAUUGCGGCGACGAGAACGAGUCGGCCGUCUUUGAUCAGCUCUCGACCCAGCUCCACGCCCAGCUCGAGACUCUCCUCCGUGCUUCGUUUGUCAUUGUUGAGCAGCCGCCGCAGGUCAUGAAGACGUCGACCAAGUUCUCGUCUGCUGCCCGCAUUCUCGUCGGCGGCAAGCUCAACAUGCACCUCUCGCCGCCAGAAGUCAACCUUCAACUCGUCAAUGAGCCGCAGGCCACCGCGCUCGUCAACGACGACGAGCUCAUCGGAAACUCGGGCGACUUGCUCAACGGCAAGCAGAUGAUGGCGUACUCCGAGUCGACCCGGACCCUCCAGGCUACCUUUAAGAACCUCUCACUCAAGAAGAUCCGCCGCCACUCGGCCCGCAAGGAGGUGGUGACCGAAGAGAAGCUCGCCCUCAUCUUUGUCACCUCGGUCCAGCUCGGCGACCUGACCUACAACCUGUGGACCAUGUCGGUCCCUGUCGUCGUCAUCGUCCACAACAACCAGCUCGUCCGCGCCACCGCCACCGUGUUUUGGGACAACUCAUUCGGCAAGACCGACCGCGCCCUGUGGGAGGUCCCCGACGCCGUCCGCUGGCCCAAGUUUGCUGCCGGUCUCAACCACUUUUUCACCCUCGCCAACGGCCGCCCGCUCACCCCCGACGCCCUCAACUUUCUCGGCUCCAAGCUCCUCGAGCCCGGCGAGGACACCGUUGAGUGGCGCACCUUUUCCAAGGACAACCUCCGCAACCGCUCCUUCACCUUUUGGGAGUGGUUCUACGCCAUCGUCGAGCUCGUCCGCAAGCACCUCGCCGGCCCCUGGAUCGAUGGCCUCGUCGUCGGCUUUGUCUCAAAGUCCGCCGCCUCGGAAGCCCUCAUGCACCAGCCACGCGGCACCUUUCUCAUGCGCUUUUCAGACUCGGAGCUCGGCGGCGUCUCGGUCUCGUGGAACGUCGUCGACGGCGCAACAGGCACGUCCAAAGUCUACAACCUCCAGCCGUGGUUCGAGAAGGACCUCGCCAUCCGCUCGCUCCCAGACUGCAUCAAGGACCUCGACCAGCUCCGGAUACUGUAUCCGGGCACACCCAAGGACGACGCCUUUGCAAAGUACUACUCGGAGGAAAAGGUUGUCGUCGGCGACGGCGACUACGUCCGCGCCACCAUCAACGCCGCCAUCAUCGGUGACGAAGACGCCACAGGUACCCUCGACUCAAUCGCCACCAGCUCUACCCUCUCCACCAUGGACUUCAACACUGGCUCGCUCGAGUACGACUCGCUCGCCGCCAUCACGGGCUUCCCCAUGUCCUCGUACAUGGGCGUCGGCCUCGACAGGCCUCGACGUCGGCGGUCCCUCGGGCGUCGCCGUCUCGGUCCCCAUGGCCGUCACCAACCCGCCCCAUCUGCCCCAGGACCUCGCCGCCGUGGACUACAACUCUUACGGCGCGCCCGAGGCCAUCACCUUUCCCUCGAUGAUCGACAUCGAGGCUCCGGCGACCAUGGAUGAGUGACCGCGCGUCACAUGGUCUGGCAACAUAACAUGCACGUCCACUAGCC